CACCUGCCACCGGCACCAUGACGCGGGCUGGAGCUCUCCUGCUGCUCUGCGCUGCCUUGCUCCUCAUUGUGGGUGUUAAGUGUGAUGACAUCUGCCCAGCCUUGAGGGACACUGUUGACCUGUUCAUAUCGGGAAGCCAUGAGGCCUAUAUUGAACAAGUUGAAAAGUAUAACCAAAACUCUGAUGUACUGGAAACCGCUGAUACCCUGAAGAGCUGUGUUGAUGAGAAGUUGACACCGGAGGAUAAACAGGAUGCUCUCAGUGCUCUGAAUAAGAUAUACUCAAGUUCUCUCUGCUGAUGGAACUGUCCCUGCCAGGAACCCAAGGAAGCCUCUUGCCUGAUCCCUAAGUCAUGUCAGCAACCUGCCACAUCCAGGUGUCUAUUAAAGGAUUCCAGCAAUAAAAAGCCUUGCAAUUCA